CCAUCAGAUUGAAGGCAAGGCGUUGCCCGAUUCAGCGGCUUCGUUUUCCACAGGUUUUAAUUUGACAGUCUAUAUUUCCUGCAGCAUCUGCGCCAGAUGUUUCCACUGUCCCCAACCAAUGACAGCUUGCUAGCUGCUCCCACAUAGCGCUGCUGGAAAACGAGGAGGCGGGGAGAGGAAUGCAGAGAAGGGAUGCUUGUUAUGGCUGUCAAACCCUUAGCGAUUAGAAGAAAAACAUUUUUAAUGUGCAAUUGACGACUGGGUUCAACAUGGACGCUUCUUUUGUGAUCGUAUGGCUGUCUGUGGUCGCCACGGUAGUUUGCUUUGUGAGUUCGUCAACUGCCAAACAUGAGGAUUCCUCUGGGGAGACCAGCCGCAUUCAGCCUCCCAGGGGCUUGAGUCUGGGGUCUUUUCCCUCGGCAGAUGUGGUCACCAUCUUGUCCAGGUCUCAUGGCGACCGCAACGUCUACCCGUCUGCUGGCGUGCUAUUCGUCCACGUGCUGGAGAGAGAGUACUUCAAAGGAGAGUUCCCCCCCUACCCCAAACCAGGUGACUCCAGUAACGACCCCAUCACCUUCAACACCAACCUGAUGGGCUACCCAGACCGUCCUGGCUGGCUGCGUUACAUCCAGAGGACGUCCCACAGCGACGGAGUCCUCUACGGCUCACCCACUGCCGAGCACAUCGGCAAGCCCACCGUCAUAGAGAUCACGGCCUACAACAGACGCACGUUCGAGACGGCCCGCCACAACCUGGUCAUCAACAUCAUGUCCACCGAAGAGUUUCCUCUCCCCUACCAGGCAGAGUUCUACAUCAGGAACAUGAAUGUUGAGGAGAUGCUGGCCAGUGAGGUUCUGGGGGACUUCCUGGGUGCAGUGAAGAACGUGUGGCAGCCCGAACGCCUGAACGCCAUCAACAUCACGUCUGCCCUGGACCGCGGGGGAAGGGUCCCCCUGCCCAUCAACAACCUCAAGGAGGGGGUGUACGUGAUGGUGGGGGCUGACGUGCAGUUCUCCUCCUGCCUGCGAGAGGUGGAGAGCCCCCACAACCAGCUACGCUGUAGCCAGGAGAUGGAGCCAGUCAUCAGCUGUGACAAGAAGUUCAGGGCUCAGUUCCACAUCGACUGGUGCAAGAUCUCCCUGGUGGACAUCACCAAGGUGGUCACCAUCUACAGCAACAGGCCUGACCCCGGCUUUGGGGUGUUGCCAGAUGUGGGGGAGUAUAACCCCCCUUCGGAGUCGCUGAAGAGCCGGGACUACUUUGCAGACUUCCUGGUCACGCUGGCCGUGCCGUCGGCCGUGGCUCUCGUCCUCUUCCUCAUCCUGGGGUACUCCAUGUGCUGCCGGCGGGAAGGGGUGGAAAAAAGAAACAUGCAAACAUCAGACAUCCAGAUGGUUCACCACAGCUCCAUCCAGAAGUCCACCAAGGAGCUGAGGAGCAUGUCUAAGAGCCGGGAGAUCUCCUGGCCGCUGUCCACCCUGCCCGUGUUCAACCCUGUCACCGGGGAGGUGGUACCCCCGCUGCACCCCGACAGCUACGAGACCACCAGCAUGCCCCUCAUGCAGACGCAGGCGAACCUGCAGAAGCAGAUGACCAUUCCCCAGCAGCAGCCCCCAGGAGAUAAUUAUUGUAUGUCAACGUUUCGGAGAUUGGAGGUAAAUGGUAUUCCUGAGCAGAGGAAGGUGGCAGAAGCGCUGAACUUGUGAGCAGAACGUCGGAGCAGCUGUCGUCCGUGUUUUAUAUGUGCCAACUUGCAUGCCCUCGCUGUGCCCUCAUAACCAACGCCUCAAUCUCCAGCUCUCCUGAUGUGCGGUGUACGACUGAAUGCAGCGUGGGUGUGUGUGUGUGUGAGAUAUGAAUGAGCAGCUUCACAGCAAAUAACAUUCAAUAGGAUAUUUUGGAAUAUUUUUGUGUAAAUGUUUUUAACAAUGUACGAUGCAUUUCCACAAUGUUUGUGUGUUGACCUGCCCUGCUUCUGCCACGCACGCUCAAGCUGUGGGGAGCGGGCUGCAGCAGGGGGUGCCUCAUGCAGCACGGGGUGCCUCAUGCAGCACGGGGUGCCUCGUGCAGCACGGGGUGCCUCGUGCAGCAGGGGGUGCCUCGUGCAGCAGGGGGUGCCUCGUGCAGCAGGGGGUGCCUCGUGCAGCACGGGGUGCCUCGUGCAGCAGGGGGUGCCUCGUGCAGCAGGGGGUGCCUCGUGCAGCAGGGGGUGCCUCAUGCAGCACGGGGUGCCUCAUGCAGCAGGGAGUGCCUCAUGCAGCACGGGGUGCCUCGUGCAGCAGGGGGUGCCUCGUGCAGCAGGGGGUGCCUCGUGCAGCGGGGGGUGCCUCGUGCAGCGGGGGGUGCCUCGUGCAGCGGGGGGUGCCUCGUGCAGCGGGGGGUGCCUCGUGCAGCACGGGGUGCCUCAUGCAGCACGGGGUGCCUCAUGCAGCAGGGGGUGCCUCAUGCAGCACGGGGUGCCUCAUGCAGCACGGGGGCAUGUUGUGUUGCUGUCGUACGUCAUGUUAAACAGUAAAGAUGUUUUGGACGGACUGUGCUCCUGGGGCUUUCUCUUCCUAUCAUGCCUAAAGAAAGAUUAGUAUGCCAAUUAAUACGAAACUCAUAACAGUUGACCAUUGAUCACACAUCAAACAUUGUCAUCAAGGUUUGUAUAAUUAAAUAUACAGAAGAAUAAAGGCAUUUAUAAAUAAAUAUUAAUUUCACGAAAGAUUGUAUAUUUAACAUUUUUUAUUUAGGCCUUAGGGAUAAAUAAAUAGUGUCUUCCUAAUGCUUGAAGUCUCUGGCAUAAAGUAACCACAGCAGCAGCCUACAUGUCUGAGAUCUUCAUCUGUAGGGGAACAUUUGACAUGGUGUUAAACAGUUCAGAUUGUUAGUUUGUUCAAGACCGAAGCUACAUAACCUUGAAGUAAAACAUAUGUUCUCCAGUCCAUAGUCUUCCUAUGGUACGUACCAUACGGCCUACUGAUCAAAUGCGCUGUAAAGUCCUGCAAAUUGUUUUAAAGUUGAAAUAAUUUUACAUUAUUUGUAAAGUUGCCUUAACAUUUAGAGUAAGCUGCAUAUUUACACAUUCUGCCGGGUGAUGAAAAUGGACCAAAACCGCAGUUGUACAAAAACGAUUAUAUGGAUUAGUGGCGAAUUCUCCUGAAAGUCUUGAACAUUCAAUUUACCGAGGUACAAAAAUGAAGCUAAUAUACAAAACAAAGAAGCAAAAAACAACAACAGAAACCAUUUUCUCUUUCAAAAGGCUAAAGAGGCGCGCAUAUUUCUGUGUGAAACUUCAAAACACAUAAACGUUUGGCUUAUAGGCUAUUGACAGAUUCAAAUGAAAUACUGACACUCACUGUCAAGCAUUGUUAGAACUCUACAGCUUUCGCUCCGAACAGUAACUCAUCAAGUAUCGCCGACCUAUAUGCAGAAGUGGCUCAAUGCCACGAGGAAGCUAGCAAAAGAAAACGUGAUAGAAGGCAUUCAGUUAGUUCAGAAUUCAUGUCAUUCUCUCUCUCACUCAUGUCUUCAUCCAUCCAGAGGCAGGCAGGCAAACAGGGCGUAUGGCUCAGGGAGGCCCGUACUCCUACAUAGGCCUACCAGGGAGUCUUCAGCUGUUAGACGGACCUGCCAGGGAGAUGAGGGCUGAGGUGAUGCAGAACGCCAGAGGCAUCUUGCUCACGCUCACGCACUCCACACAAACCAGUCAUGCCACACACACACCGCACACACACCGCACACACACACACUGGUUAUUUGCCCCUGAAGGAUAGGCUCAUAAUAAUGUGAAAAGACAAAAGGCAGAUAACCUUCAAAGUGCCUCUUUUGCUUUGCUCCAAUAAAAGCAUCUAUGAAAAGAUGUACCAAACUUCUCUAGGCAACACUUUCACUGAACAGCAGGCCUGGGCACAGUUACAAAGAAGCAGAGACCAUGUACAAAAUAUAUGCUUAAUUUAAAUCAUUAAAUACUGUACAUACAACAAAGAAUUUCAAAGGUUGGUGAGGUCACGUAAACCAGUGCACAAGGCAAAGGUCCUAAAGAUCGAAAAAAAAAAAAAAAAAGUUUACAAAGAUUUUUUUUUUUUUUUUAUCUCUU